CCCUUUUCAAAAAUUUUUUAAAAAAAAAAAAAACCCUAAUUCCCCUCUAUAAAUACCCAGUCACAUAAUCCUCAUUUCUCCUCACAAGUCACACCACCAGAAACACACACAAAAAUAAACCACCACCAACAACAACAAGAAACCCCCAAGGUCCAACCAAUGGCCCAAACCCCGCCCUUGCAGUUCACCGUCCACCGGCGCCAACCGGAGCUGGUCCGACCGGCCAAACCCACUCCCCACGAGUUCAAGCUCCUCUCCGACAUCGACGACCAGGAGGGGCUCCGGUUCCACAUCCCUGUCAUUCAGUUCUACAAGCAGCGCCAGCCUUCCACGGCCGGGAAAGACCCCGUGGCGGUGAUCCGGCAGGCGCUGGCGGAGGCGCUUGUGCCUUACUAUCCCUUCGCCGGCCGCCUCAGGGAAGCCGCCAACCGGAAGCUCGUGGUGGACUGUACCGGGGAAGGCGUGCUGUUCAUCGAGGCCGACGCAGAGGUCAGGCUUGCGGACUUCGGCGAACUGCUCCAGCCGCCGUUUCCUGGCCUUGACGAGCUUCUCUUCGACGUCCCCGGCUCCAACGCUGUCCUUCACUCCCCGCUCUUGCUUAUUCAGGUGACGCGCCUUCAGUGCGGCGGCUUCAUCUUCGCCCUCCGCCUCCACCACUGCAUGAGCGACGCGCCGGGUCUGGUACAGUUCAUGUCCGCCGUCGGCGAGAUGGCUCGAGGCGCCACCGCCCCCUCCGUGGCCCCGGUGUGGGAGAGGCACGUCCUCAACGCGCGCACCCCGCCGCGCGUGACGUGCACGCACCGGGAGUACGAGGAGGUGGCCGACACCAAGGGCACGAUCAUCCCGCUCGACGACAUGGCCCACCGCUCCUUCUUCUUCGGCCGGGGAGAGAUGAAGGCGCUCCGCCGCCACGCGCCGCCGCACCUCCGCGACUCCUGCUCCGGCUUCGAGAUCCUGACCGCCUGCCUCUGGAAGUGCCGGACCGCCGCCCUCCGACCCGACCCGGAGGAGGAGAUGCGGAUCAUCUGCAUCGUCAACGCGCGGGCCAAGUUCGAGCCGCCGCUGCCGAGGGGCUACUACGGCAACGCGUUCGCGUUCCCGGCGGCGGUGGCGGCCGCCGGCGACCUGUGCCGGGAGCCGCUCGGGUUCGCGCUGGAUCUGGUGAGGAAGGCGAAGAGUGACGUCACGGAGGAGUACAUGAGGUCGGUGGCGGAUACGAUGGCGGUGACGGGGCGGCGGCACUUCACGGUGGUGCGGUCGUACCUGGUGUCGGACGUGACGCGCGCCGGGUUCGACGCGGUGGAUUUCGGGUGGGGCAAGGCGGCGUACGGCGGGCCGGCGAAGGGCGGGGUCGGGGCGAUUCCCGGAGUGGCGAGCUUCUACAUACCGUUCACGAACAAGGAAGGGGAGAAAGGAAUUGUUCUGCCGAUCUGCCUGCCGGCGGAGGCCAUGGAGAGAUUUGUCUCGGAGUUGGAGACGAUGUUGAAGGGACCGCCUGCCGCCGACGCGGCCAAGAAAUCCACGUUUGUUUUAUCGGCUUUGUAAUUUGGGGAUUGGAAGGAUGUCGGAACUCAACAACCCCCUGAAAUAUUGGAGUGUCGCCUUUUUUGUUCUGCUGCUCGUCUAAUUGCAAAAAAAAUGCCUCAAUGUGAAAAAGUAAGCAUAUCCAGCCAGCCUGCUUCGACAUUGUCUGUACCGGCCUUGGCGGCGCCUCCCUUUCCUUCGUCUGUGUCGCCUCCGCCAUAAACUUCACCCGUCCGUGUCACCGCCUGCGCCGUCGUGGAGCAAAUCAAUAUCGCGAGUACUAAUUCGUAGUAAUAAUGUACUAGUGUUUCUUUUAUGGGUUAGUAGUAGUGAGUUAUAAUUGUAUAGGGUUAUCGUGUGCCGCCGCCAUCCCCUUUCCUUCUCUUCGAUUUGCCCUUGUCGAUUGCGGCAAGUGAUGACUUUGAUUCGUGGUAAUCAUGUAAUAGUGUUUAUGUUAUGGGUUAGCAGUGAUUUAAUUGUCCAAGGCAUCGAUUUUGUUGACUAUUAGUAGUGUUUUUUU